AUGGCCGCCAUCCCGCCGCCACCUCCCCUGCUCCUCGGUCUAUCGGGCCUCUCCAACAGCGGCAAAACGACGCUGUCACGCCUCCUCCGCCGCGUCUUCCCCGACAGCUUCAUUUUGCACCAAGACGACUUCUUCGUCUCCGAGGGCGACCUCCCCGUCGUCGACGGCGACGUGGACUACGACUGUAUCGAGAGCAUCGAUUUCGUGGGGCUCAAGAAGGCGCUGGGGUAUGUACGGGAGCAUGGCGAGCUACCGGCGGACCUGGUGAGUAAGGAGGAUCAGAACUCUGUUGGUGAGAGUGGGGUGGGGGAUGGGGUGGUGGGGGAGUGUGUGGCGAGGGUAAAGGCGGCGGGGAUGGGAGGGGGGCGUGUGAGGUUGGCGGUGGUGGAUGGGUUUUUGUUGUUUCAUGAUGAGGAGGUGCUGGGGAGGUUGGAUUUGGGAAUGUUUUUGAGGGCGCCGUAUGAUAAGGCAAAGCAGAGGAGAGAGGCUAGGACUGGAUAUGUCACUAUUGAAGGUAGUAUCAAUACUUGUGAGAAUUCUUUAUUGGUGUUAACAUCGUUGACUGGGAAUGUGGCAGGUUUCUGGGAAGACCCGCCAGGUUAUUUCGACAAGAUCGUGUGGCCAAACUACGUGAAAGCUCACAAGCAUCUUUUCAUUGACGGAGACGUAUCAGGUACCCUAGACCCCGAGGUAAUGAAGGCAAAGAACAUCGUAUCGCCGCCAGAGGUCGAUAUGCACAUGAGUAAGAUCCUGCCCUGGGCCGUGGAUGUUAUCCUAGACGAAGUAAAACGUAAGGAAGCAUUAGCUACGAAAUAG